AGGAUUUGGAGUUUCUGUUGAAAUGGUAUAUAGAAGAAACCUCUUUGCAAGUUGUACUUGGAUCCUGAUUCUACGUUUCUCAAGAUGCAACUAAUGUCAAAUGACAGUCCAACAGAGGGCUCUUCAGAAACAGAACCCAUCUUAAAUGUGUCUAAAAGUGCUGAGCGGGCUGACAACUAUUCAUCUACUUUUGAAAUAAGAACUGUAGGUGGCACUGAUUGUUCUAUAGCUGUUGAAGAUUCACAAAAUCCAGAUGUCAAUGAAAACAGUAGCCUGGUAACUUCAGACCAACCGCAGUGCCGCAUAUGCCUUGAUACUGAAGGAGAAGACUUGAUUGCACCAUGCCAUUGUAGAGGCACCCAGAAAUAUGUCCACAGGUCGUGUCUUGACAAUUGGAGGUCAACCAGGGAAGGCUUUGCAUUCUCCCAUUGCACAGAAUGUAGGGCAGUGUUUAUACUACGUGCAAAUGUCCCACAUGACCGCUGGUGGUUGAGGUUGAAAUUUCAGUUGCUGGUUGCAAGGGAUCAUGCAUUCAUUUUCGUCAUUGUUCAACUGAUUGUAGCAUUCUUAGGCGUGUUGGUCUACAAAUUUUAUGGAGAUGAACUCAGAGAAAUGUUUGGAUAUGAAGAACACCCAUAUGGUUUUUAUACGAUGGCUGUCUUAGCAAUUGUUUUGGUGGGCUUGCUCUAUGGUUUCUUUAUAGCCAUAAUCUGUGGACAGCGAAUCAACGAACGCCACUAUCACAUUCUUGCCAAACAAGAACUGACAAAGGAAUACAUUGUAGAAGACAGAGAAGUAAACAAGGAUGUUGCUGAACUUGACCCCAGCCAUGUUACAGAGCUAAGAAUGUUGGGUCUAUAUUGAGAUAGCAAUGCACAAAUAUGUUCGGAUAUAUGGUGUAGGUUGCAAUUGAUAGUUAGGUGGUGGUGGUGGAGUGAAGCUGUUACUGUGGUUGCAUUGAUGAGCAAAUAAAGCAUAUGGGGUUUGGGUGUAUAUUAAUUGUUGUGGAUUGAGGGAUAUGUAUUAAUUUUGACAAUCACACGUAUGUACAGUCACAAAUACGAUCCGGCCCCUAAUGGCUAAUAGUACCUAAUGUGUAUAUGCUGUUUGUGUUUUGUUUAGCGUGGGGGAAUUGAAGGAAGAGCUGGCUUGUUUGAUUGUUAGUUAGGGAUUACUUUAAUUGCUAAAUUAUUGUUGUUAUGUUUAUGUUUUUCUGGCUUGAUUUAUUAAUUUUGGUGUUU